AACUAAAAAUGAAUUGUAGCUAAAGUGUAUACUGUUGUGUUGUCCUUGCUGACUUUUUUGGAAAGUUGUUGAAUAUUGUACAUUUCAUACUCCUUAGAAAAAGAGCUUAUUAUUAACAUUAAAUUGUUGAUUUUGCAUUGUUAAGAAAUGGAAAAACAAGGACCACCUCCUGAGUAUCAGCCACAAUGGACUGCAGGCCCAGAACCACAACCUACAGAUCCAAUAAAAGGUCAGCCUGAAAACCCACAGUUCCAAGCUGGUCAACCAAUUCAACAACAACCCCCAGGCUAUCCCCCAAACCAGGGUUAUCCCCCACAACAACAAGGUUAUGCCUUACAACAACAAGGUUAUGCCCCACAACAACAAGGUUAUGCCCCACAACAAGGAUAUCAACAGGCUGGUGGUUACCCCCAAGGAUACCAACAACAAGCUUAUGGCUAUACUGCGAAUACUGUUGUCAUGCCGGCACCAACUCCAUACGUUGGUACUGUUCCUGAUAACCACAGUACACUUGCGUGGCUCACAUGUUUGUGUUGUUGCUGGCCUUUGGGACUUAUCUCAAUCGUUAAAUCCAUGGAGGUAAAUAACGCGGUUGCGCAGGGAGAUCUGUUUCGCGCAAGAAGCGCUUCAGAUAUGGCGAAAAAGUUUGGAUAUGCCGCACUUGGUUUUGGCAUUUUCGGUUAUGUCUGUACGGCAAUCUACUUGGUGAUUUACUUUGCUGUGAUAUAUCCGAAUAUAAGCAAGAAUUAUUACGAUUGAAAUGUAAAUAUUGAAGUGUAAUUUUGAAGUAAUAUAGAACAGUUAAUUUUGUAA